UUCCAUGACUCUCUUAUUCAUUUCCCCCCGUCCAUUCUACUCUACAACAACUACCACUACAUCUCUGGUAUUUUACCUUUCAUUCCUGUUCCCCCCUCAAAUACUCCCGCCCUCGACGCCGCCGUUGCCUGCCGUUAUCCCCGCAGCUUUUACUUUAACCCCUUCGCUCAGGCCCUCGUCGCCUCCCGCAGCCGCAGCGUCUCGAACCUGGCUGUUCAGUCCACGCUUCCGUACCGCCUGCCCGUGGCUGUGGCUUGGCCUCUUUUUGUGUCGCCAAAUGUUCACGAUCCUGGCUAACUUGCGACCCCGCGCUGCAAAGCCCGCCGACCACCGAAGAGGCACUCCCUCUGCCUCUGCCUCGCCUCCGAAGUUCUACAUCUUCAUGCGCCGUUAAUUCCAACUUCAACAUCUCAUCAUGGGCAUCGUUAGCAGCAAGCCCGAUGACGGGGCUACCCUCUAUCUUAGAGACCAGAAUCGACUAUCCAUAUCUUCUCUCGUCAUCUCCAACCCGCGAAGGCGCUCUUCCGUAAACAUCGUUCCCAAUGCAUUCCCCGCCACCAGAGUCUCGGCUUCUCGUCCACUAGGCGACGGCAGUCCUAUAGAAUUCGUUCAGGACACCGAAGUCGUAACAAGUCCCGGCGGCGUCCCAAAUUUCAUACUAAAGCUCAACCAAGACGAUGAGCUAGUCUUCACCUUUACCUUCGUUAUACGUCAAGGCCAACAGUUUGUCACCAACGGCGGCGCUGACACUGUAGCAACGACCGACACUCAAAUCAGCGGACUGACCUACGUCUAUGCCUCUACACCCCGCGAAGUAGAGAACUUGGUGACUCGCGAGUUCCACGCAGACCCGAAUCUACACAAGAAUUCCAACGUUGAGUUGGUAGGCGACUUUGCGACUGGAGGUACUCCCUCCGUCUCUUUUGAAUGGACCUGGAAAUGGAAACCUCCAAAGAGCAUUGAAGACAGGGGAGGUGGAUGGAGGAAUUCCUGCAGCUUCGUCGAAUACGACCCUCGCGCUCACUGCCUGCACACUCUGGCCAGUUUCUCAUACUGGGUGUCGAACCCAGUCUUGCCGCUCAGCCACCCAAACUCGCCAUCCCCUCCUUUCCUACUAACCGCCCCUCCCAAGAUCCGUGUCGCCUCGUCCCAGUCUGUGGAUUCUCGGAUCAGUCAUGCCGAGUUAGACGAGCCCUUGUCACCGUUGCCAGGCAAUACAUCAUCGACCACCAUCCUCCCUGUGCCACAAUCUGCAUCGGAGCCGAUCAAAGUAGACGUCGCAUGCCCGAAACCAACCGACGAUGUUCUUGUACCAGACGAUGGACCUGUCUUCAGGGCGACGAUUAAAUCGUUGGAGCAAAAGACUGGCAACAUGCGGACGCAGAUGAAGCGCGUGCUCAAGAUGGCCAAACAAGCGCACGAAGCACAGCAGGAGGCCAACAAGAACUUCUCCGAGUUCAUCGAUACUCUUCGGGAAGCCUCUUCGACAAACGCCAAUGCUGUCCAGCCAGCCAUUGAACACUACUUUGACAAGAUUGCCCGGGAGAUUCUCGCCUAUGAGCGGACAAAUACUGUCAACCUCAAGAGGAUUGUGAUCGAUCCUUUGGACAAAUUCUAUACAGUGGACAUCAAGCAAGCCGAGUCCAAGAAACGUGACUUUGAGGAGGAAAGCAAGGAUUACUAUGCUUACGUUUCAAGAUAUCUCGGACAGCGUCACGAUUCUGUCAAGGCUAAGAAACUGGCAGAGAGUGAUUCAAAGUACCAGACCAAGCGUCGCAACUUCGAGCUCAAACGUUUCGACUAUUCCAGUUUCAUGCAAGACUUGCAUGGCGGCCGCAAAGAACAGGAAGUUCUGUCCCACCUCACGCGAUACGCCGAUGCUCAAACGAAGAGCUUCCUCGAGGCGGCGAAAAAGAUCGAUACCCUUCUACCCCAGUUGGAGGCACUUUCAAGCGAAGUACAAGAGGCCGAUAAGGAAUAUCAGUACCAAAGGCGGGAGCGUGAAGAGAAGAGACGACUACUCGAGAAAAGUAACCAGCCGUACAAUGAGCCCGAUCCCAUCCCUGUACCCGGUACGAGCAGUGGCCCGGUUGCGAGCUCAAAUGGAAAUGCGUAUGUUUCCGACAGUGAUCUAGGCCGUGCCGACAGUACGGGAUCGCAGUUGAAGGUGGCAAUGUCUUCGGGUUCGAAUCCUUCCCUUUCAAUGGCUUCUCCUGAGCUAUCUCGGUCCCCGGGCAGUCUUGGCAAUUCCUCUGUUGGAAGUCCUGCUCAAGCCUCAAAGUUCAAAGGAAUCCGUGAUUUGGAGGAGAAAGACUAUGGCCAGUCGUCAGGCGCCAGCAGCACACAGCGUAAAGAAGGCCUGCUAUGGUCCCUUAGUAAGGGCGGAAGCAAUCAUGUUGACCCGCGCAACCUGAACAAACAGGGUUGGCACAAGUUCUGGAUUGUUCUCGAUCAGGGCAAGCUCUCGGAGUAUAGCAACUGGAAACAGAGGCUUGAUUUGCACAAUGAUCCAAUCGACUUGAGAAUGGCAUCUGUUCGAGAAGCACGGAAUGCUGAGCGUCGAUUCUGUUUCGAGGUCAUUACGCCUCAGUUCAAACGAGUCUACCAAGCAACAUCGGAAGAAGAUAUGAACAGUUGGAUAACGUCUAUCAACAAUGCGUUGCAAAGUGCGGUCGAAGGUCGCAUCAUGAGAGACAAGUCGGCGCCGAGCGAUUCAGGAUACAUCAAGAGAGACAUUGGCUCGAUCCUCACCGGCAAGAGCCCCUCUGUUGGCCACAAUAGCCACCACAGUCACACAAAUUCAAAUAGCGCACCCGUACGCCGAAUUACUGUAGGCGCUCGGCCCAGCACGCAUCGAUCAACCAGCUCGAGUUUCGACGAGAAUCCUGACAAGCUGCUUCAAUUGCUUCGCGACAACGACCAAGGAAAUUGCUGGUGCGCUGAUUGCGGGUCGGGUACGAAAGUCGAAUGGGUUUCAAUCAAUUUGGCCAUUAUUCUAUGCAUUGAAUGUAGUGGCAUUCAUCGUUCCCUCGGCACGCACAUCAGCAAAGUGCGAUCUCUCACCUUGGACAUCAAUUCCUUCACCUCUGAUAUUGUCGAGCUGUUACUCCUUGUUGGAAAUAGAGUGUCCAAUAUGAUUUGGGAAGCGAAGCUCGAGCCUGGCUUCAAGCCGACACCACAGGCAACCCGAGAGAUGCGGUUGCGGUUCAUCACGGCAAAGUACGUGGAUAGGGCAUACGUUGAGCCGAUCUCAGCCACGCUUUCGCGUUAUCCAAACCCCGACGACACCUUGCUGGCAGCCAUCAAGAAGAAUGAGAUCCAGCAGGUGAUCUACGCACUGGCUCUGAGGGCAAGUCCCAAUGUCACGGACAGGUCUCGAGGAACCCACGCAGUCUUUCUGGCGCUGGCGGCCGCCGAUCCUGCGUCACCUUCUCCCACUCCCGGGCAGCCCCCGGAGACGGACAGAUCAGUGCCAUUCCCAGUUGCAGAGAUGCUGCUUCAAAACGGCGCAGAAGUUCCGUUGACAAUGCCGGCCUUCCCCCUCAGCCGGAGUGCGCAAUUGUAUAUUGAAGAGAAACGAGGACGCAGCACGGGAUUUUCACACGACAGCGUCGGGUCAUUACCCGGCAACCUGAGUCCCAACGAAAAGCUGCAGCGGGAGAGAGAUGCCCGUUUACAGAAGAGAGUAAGCGCGGGAGGACGUCUGGCCAAGAGCCCGAUUCCGGAAAGGUAGCGACCUACCUGUCUCGAGCGGCUGGGACAACUCAACAUGUGCCUUGCCUUUGCGCUGCAUGCGAGGCAUAGAUCUUCUCUUGAAGUUCACUUAUCGACAGACGAUUAUGAUGACUCUGGGGGUGACGAUGGAUGAAACCAUGUUGGCACCGGCAAGAAGACGAAGAGGAAAUGGCUGGCAUGCUUUGAUACUGUCAUUACGAGAAGCCAUUUUGCUUUUGAAGGAUCUGGUGGUCCUUUUUUUUUCCCUACCGGGCGAGAGAGGCUAUCUGUUUUCAUUGCCGGACAUGAGGAGCCCAAAAUCACGGGACCAUGUUGUCACAUAUAGCAUGUGUACAGAGUGCUCUUUUCCAUGGCAGACGCCAGCGCAGGGCCGAUCAGGUACACACCAUUGUAGUAGUCCUCGAUUGGAGAAGGCCAAGGGUUGGAGAGUGCAGAGACGGCCGUUGUGCGUGCGUGCUUGUCAGUGUGUGUAU